CCCGUCGCGUUGUUUUUAAGAUUAUUGGCAAAUUAAAAGUAGUUAAACUUUUAAAAAGCAUUUUAGCAUUUUUUUGAACCUAAGAAGAAACACUCGCUCCUUGCUGUGUUUAAAGGUCAGCAGCGGCGCGCAAAAGCUAAAGAAAAGAAAAGAAAGAAAGAAAAAAACGCACCUUAUUUCUUAUUAAUCUUCGCGCUCUUGUCCAAGGUGCUGAAAACACACCGAGAUCAGAAAUGAGCUGUGAAGUAACCACUUAGACAGGAGGCUCAGGAUGAGAAGAUGGCAGCCAUACUGUUUCCACCGGGUCCUGACAGUCUACACCGGUUCACUCGUGAGUCCCUGGCUGGAAUCGAGCAGCGGAUCGCCGAGGAGGAGGCCCGCAAUGCCAAGAAGUACCAGGAGGACCUGGGCGACGUGGAGCUGCUCAAGUCCCGCGCCGACCUGGAGGCCGGAAAGCAGCUCCCGCGCAUCUUUGGAGACAUUCCUCCUGGACUGGUGGGCGUGCCUCUGGAGGACAUCGAUCCGUUUUACUUCCAGAACAAGAGGACUUUUAUAGUACUGAACAAAGGGAAGGCCAUCUUCCGGUUUAGUGCCACGUCUGCACUCUAUAUUUUUAGCCCUUUUCAUCUCGUUAGAAGAGCAUCAAUAAGGAUUUUAGUACACUCAUAUCCUUUCUGCUGCCGCUGA